AAUGCAGCAGGACCUAUGAGCAGGACACACGAUAUGAAAAACGGUGUCACGAUAUUUAAUGAUUAGGCACCGAAUUUUUAUGGAAUAAACAGGAUAUUUUGAAAAUGCCCAAUAAUUGCAAAUCAAUGACGUUACGAGACAUUAAUAACAAUACCUAUCCAGCACCUGGAAACAAGAAUAUUACAGACAAAAAUUCGGAAUCACCAAAUCCCAGAGGGAUUCAAGUCACAGCCAAAGUUCUGUUCGGUUCCGUCCAUGCGAUCAAUAGGCUUAAAGAAGCCGAAAAAACAGCAAGGCAAAAUAAGCGAAUUUGAUUCAAAACAGGACAUAUCCCCAUUAUGGUUAGUUAUUGUCUUUCUAACAUGGCCAACUAUAAUACCUUCGACAAAAAUACUAAUAACAACGGAGAAUGCACAAAAAACAAUCCAGAGUAAUAGUAAACCUAGCUUUGAAAACGAAAUCCAGAAAAUCCAACCAGACGAUUUGGAUGCUCAGACAGAACUAUUAUUUGAAUAUGGGAAGAAAUUAGGGGAUACAUUAACGCAAACCAUCGAAAGGACAUUGAAUAAUGACCCGAAAGCCAAAGCAGAAAGCAAAAAAAGAACAAAUAAUGCUAUAAGCUUUGGAAUAAAGUCCCUAGAAAAUUUGGUAAAGGUCAAAGAACCCACUUGGUUUAAACAAGGUCUCUAUUUGAAGGAAGACCAUCCAGCAGUAAGAGUUGCUCAUUUUGGUGCACCAAGAAACAAAAAGGCUGUAUUGCUGGCGAGGUAUGGAUAUGCUGCUUUGGAAGCUGCUAUGAAAAUUGCAGAAUCAUAUCACGGAAAUGUCGGUAGAGAAAUAGCAGGUCUUCCCGAAGACCUACAGGCCAGAAUAGAUCUGGAUGAGUGCCCUCUAAGGGGUCUUCCAACAUGUCCUCCUGCGUCGAAAAGAUUUAGAACAGCUGAUGGUACCUGUAAUAAUCCGGAUCAUCCAUGGAGGGGUUCGGCUCUGUUCCCGAUGCAAAGAUUUCUUGCACCAGUCUACGAGGACGGGCUUCAAAGUAUCCGGAGAUCCAUAUUUGGGGAUCCGCUACCCUCGCCACGUCAAAUAAGCAAAGUGAUACAUGUCGACAGAAACAAUGAAUUACAAUCCGUCACGUUGAUGUUUAUGCAAUGGGGUCAAUUCAUUGAUCAUGACAUUACAUCAACUGUCAAAAUUCAGAGCUUUAACGAAUCUAUUCCUCAGUGUUGCGGAGAUGGCGGUAGAAGUUUCUUGCAUUCGGAUUUUUUGCAUCCUUCAUGUUUACCAAUAGAAGUGUCUUCGACGGAUCCAUUCUUAAGUCGCUUUGGCGUUCGUUGUAUGGAAUUUACCCGCAGCGCCCCAUCUACCAGAAUCGACUGCAAAUUAGGCUGGAGAGAACAAAUUAAUCAAGUUACAUCAUAUAUAGAUGCUUCUACCGUCUACGGAAGUGAUGUCAGUACGUCUGACUCGCUAAGAACCUUCCGACAUGGCAAAUUAUUCUACGGCAGGCCUCAGAGUGAAUUUCCUUUAAAUCCACCAGAUCCUCCAGGAAGGGAAGUGUGUCGAGAAGGGGCAGUAUCAGAAGAAUGUCUUCAAUCUGGAGAUGGUAGAGUAAACGAAAAUAUUGCUUUAGUCGCAAUGCAUACGAUUUUUGUUAGGUAUCAUAACAAAAUAGCUACCAUACUUGCUAGAAUUAACCCUCACUGGAGUGACGAAAGGAUCUACCAAGAAACAAGGAAAAUUAUCUAUUCCAUAAUACAACAUAUUACAUACAAGGAAUACUUGCCUAUCGUUGUCGGUCCCGAUGUAAUGGAAUUAUUCGAGUUGAGACUAUUAAAGGAAGGAUACUAUAAAAAUUUCGAUAAAAGAAUAAAUCCGACAGUUUCAAAUGCAUUUAGUACUGCCGCCUUUAGAUUUGGUCACAGUUUGGUUCAGAAUUCCUUUAUUAGAACCGAUAAUCACCAUAGGUCGUUGCCAAAUAAUGUUACUCUACACGAAGAAUUUCUUAAUUUCCAUAACAUUUGGAGUCCGGGAUCAUUGGAUCGACUUCUGUUAGGUUUGUCCAACCAACCAUCACAAAAACGUGACGAAUUCAUAGCCGAAGAGCUCACGAAUCACUUGUUUCAAUUUAAUUCGUUCUUUGGUAUGGAUUUGGCGGCACUAAAUAUUCAAAGGGGUCGAGACCACGGAAUACCCCCUUAUACGUACUGGAGAAAACCUUGUGGACUAUCCCCUAUCAAAACGUGGGAAGAUUUGGACGGAAUCAUAAGCGUGAGUACAGUAGUGAGACUAAGAACUUUGUACCUUCACGUGGACGAUGUCGAUUUAUUUACCGGUGGACUAGCAGAGAGACCUCUAAAAGGGGCUGUCACAGGACCCACUUUUGCGUGCAUUAUCGCCCAGCAAUUUUCUGUACUUCGAAAAGGUGACAGAUUUUGGUACGAAAAUGGCGAUAUGGAGUCAUCUUUUACCAUCGACCAAUUAAAUGAAAUAAGAAAAGUGUCUUUAGCACAAGUGUUAUGUCAAACAAUGACUGACAUAGAGACCAUUCAGCCUUUCGUAUUUUUAUCUCACGAUAAUUUAAGAAAUCUUAGGAUACAUUGCGAAAGCCCAAAUAUAAGAAAUUUUGAUCUGGCUCCAUGGGAAGAAAGGUCUUUUGAUCUUAACAGCAUUGCUGAUGAUACUGUUCCAUUUGAAGACAGAUCUCAAAGACGUAAACGUAAUAUUAAGACAUUAAGUCACAGACAAAUAAAGGCAAAACUCUCCACGACGACUACUGAUACAUCUGGACAAAACACCACUGACCUAGUUGAUACCAACGUUACUGAUAUAAAACAGGCAAAAUACGAUAUUCCGGUACGACUUGGGACAAAAAAACCUAACAAAAAUACUAACAACGGACACUACUACAAAUUACAAGACAGUAACCGCGACGACAUCACAUACCUUUUUGGAAUAUUACCAGAAACCUCAACUAAACCUACUGUGAAUAAUAAUCCUCCUUUACAAGUCAAUAUUAACAUACAAUAUGCACCCCCACAAAUAUUAUCGACUUCUACGACGAGACCAGUCAAACGGAAAAAGAAACCCACAGACAUUUAUUUGGAAAAUGACUAUACACAUGUUAUAGGACGACCGACAAACAUUAAAUAUCCUACUAUUACUUACACACAAAACUUCGACAGACCAAACUUAUAUGGAUCACUUACAGGGGGACAUAAGAAACCUAACCUAAACGGCAACUCCAGACCUAUGGACAAUUACUAUCGACCUAUAAUUACUAAACCAACUUAUAUCGACAAUACUGACACGACAGUUAACACAUACCAUGACAACUUGGACAUACAUCCACAUUACCCCAGCGACAACACAUUUUACAACAGACAUACAUCACGACCUACUAUUUUUGAAGACAGACCGUUUUCUACAUCAAACCGUCCAAUAUAUAAUGACUAUGAUGACGACGACUCUAUUAUUAUAACAAAAAAUAAACUGAGACCUCAGUUUUCUGGAUUUGAAGACAAAGAAGACAGCAUUGACGACAUUAUAAACGAAUUCUUUCAAAAUCAACGUGACACUAACAGAAAAAAAUUGACACCCAUAGGUGUUGACGAUAAACUUGACUUUGAAUUACGCACUGACAAAAAAAAAACUGACGUCACUAACGAAAAAGUUGUAGGUUUUUCUUCAGUUAGAACAAAAGAGAGGCUUGGAAGAGUUAAACGAAACAUUAAAGAACCCAAAUCGAUUACAACAACUGACAAUUACAGACUAACCGACCCUCCCAAUGAUAUGGAGAAUGUACAUGUAGAAUAUAUGGAUAUACCGGAGCUUCCAAUUCAACAUCCAUGUUCAUAUCAAGUGCCAAAACCGAUGAACGAAUAUUUUUCUGCUUUACCAAUUGAAUCCUCUAACGAAAAGACUAGACAAUAAUUUUUUUCUUAUAAAUACUUUUUACUGACAAUAAGACAGACUUUUGACUGACAUUGAUUUCUUAUUAACUUAUUUAAAAUUAUUUUAAUAUCAAUAUAAACACAUAAGCAAAAAUCCAGCUACUAUGCUGCCAAUAGGAGUGAUAAUUGAUAUGUUCAUGU